AUGAGCGACGUUGAAUCAGGCUCCGAUGUUGAAAAUUACUAUGAUGCAGAGGAACUAGAUGACUUCAUAGACUACAGUGAUGAAGAAGUCACAGAAAUUGAACCAUCAAACGCGUCUCGUUCACACGCAGGACAUUCCAUCAAUACUCCCUUGGAGAUAGACAACAGAACUGACAGUGAGGGAGAAGAGGAAGAGGAAGAGGAAGAGGAAGACAAAAUAAAGUCCUUAACUACACGAUUGAAACCGAACGAAACGCAUACGCAAAAGUUGUUGCGUGCCCACAUUGCCAUUUUGGUAUCUGCAUUAGGUGGUAUUGAUCAUACGUCAGAAGUAAAGCCUCCUCCAUAUAAGCUUGGCCACGACGCAUUGGCAUGUUUGAAGGACAUUAAGAGAUGGAUCAGAGCAGUUGAUGAAAAACAAAACAACUACGAAGUUGCCCUCGCAUGUGCUGAAUGCGGUCUAAUUCAAAACGACAUUAUUGUUAUCCUUUGUCAAUGGGAGCAGAAAAUGGCCAGAAAGGAGAACAUCAAAAACAAAACCUCAAUGGAGAAAAUCAUGCUUUCGUGUUUAGAGAUACUAGUGCUUUUGACUUGGCCCGUGGAUUUUGAUAAAAACUUGUCUGAGAAUCAAAAAUUAUUGUAUGCAAAUAUCCGCAAGAUCCAUGUCCUGUACAAGAAACACAUAUUGACAUUCAAUAAUGGACAGUUAUUAAAAGCCGUGAUAAGGCUUGUGCUUCCCGUACUUCAGAAAUCAAAAAUUGAGAGAGAACCACGCGAAAACCAAAUUUUGCGCCUUGUUUUAUAUCUUAUUAGGAACGUGUUGGCUAUUGAACCUGUUGCAUCUUCAGUUUCAUCGAAAUCACGAAACACUAUUGUUGCAUCGGCAGAUUUACCUAGUGGAGUCACCCAAGAUGAUAUCUCCAUCAACAAUGUAUUAAAAGUGUUUAAGAAGAAUAAGGUUUUACUGCUCUUAUUGACCAUAUCUGGCUCAAUAAAUGUCGAGUUUGACAAGGACUUGUUCGGUGAAGUAACGCUUGAAUGUGUAUACUUGAUGAUUAAAGGGAUAGAGGCAAAAGAUGUGCUAGUUCGUCUACCCCCAACAACUCAAGCGCGCAGUACCGGCAAUGUGUCUAUUGAUGCAUCUGCCCCUGUGGCCCCUUCAACGAGUACAGUUGGUAUGCAGUUGCUGGACCUACUAGCAACUGAGGCGAAGAAGAAACAGGCACAAACACUGAAGAUUGCAACUAGGCAUGGUAAAUUUGGCACCUUGUUAUCCAUUCGCUCUUCUGAUGCAACAUCCUACGUUGUCUCAGGAGAAGAAGCUUUGGCAGAUACUGAUGGUACAUUGGACAAGUUAGACAAGUCGAAAACUUGGAAAACCCCGAAUCACUUCAAGUAUGACUCUGAUGACUUUGUGAAAACAAGCACGCCAAUAUACCUUACGGGGCCAGGCAGACAAAUCCUUCAUGACUUUGUUGACGAGUUUUUGUCUGGUGGCUGUUUUAACAACUUGAUUGAAGUGAUGGCAUCAAAACUCACGAGUCAGUCCGAGUAUUCCACGGUUGAUGAAUUAUCCAACGCCAGUUACUUCUACACCAUUGCUUGGUUUUUGAACUAUAAGCGAGAGCAAAUCCUUUUGAACAAUACAACAUCGUUUGAUUUUGGUUCGGUACGAGCAGCUUUGAGUGAAGUCAACUUUAUAUUGAUUGUGACUUAUUUUAGAGACUCGUUUGCCAAAAAGUCGUGGAACUCAUUACACGUGGCAAUGAUUUGUUUCAAAGAGUUGCUUCAAAUAUCGAAUUCCAUAUUUGGUAAGAAAAGAAGCACAAAUGAGACUGAUGAGGAUGAUACUCAAUACGAAAUAGAUCGUGAGUUGGCAGAAGGUAUCAUUCGAAAAUUGUUUUCAUUUAAUGAUUUUCUAAACAUUUUGGUGCUAAUACCACAAUCUGCAUUUAAGCACUCACCAAGAUUCCUCAAACAGUCCAUUCAUGUGAUCACCAUCAUCUUGAAAUCUUUUGAAUCUUUUGCCAGGGAGGAUUUGCAACUCUAUGUUCAAACUAAACGGAAACAAAGCAGGCAAAAUAGAAAACGAAUUAAUGAAUUGAAUCGAGAUACCGAUGCAAAACUUUCAGCGGCAAUUUACGAUUCCGACGAUGAAGCAAUUGCCGAAAACAUCCGUGAAGUUACUCGUGAGCGAAGAUUGAACUUCCAAGCCACCGAAGUUCGAUUUUUCCAUCAGGCUAUCGUGACUGCAUAUAUUGAAUACUUGUGGCGAUUUCAGGACUUGAAUGACGAGGAUAUCAAGAUGUGUUUGAGUUAUUUCCACAAAUUGUUUGUUGUUAGAAAGGAUUACAAUGGGUUGUUUCGCUUGGAUUUCAUGCAAAUGAUACAUAAAUUGAAGAAUCAUUUACCAAGAAGUUCCUCAAUCAGGUUGAAAGUGGAGGAGUUUAUUUACUAUUUUAUGAAAAAGUUCAAGUUGGCGCUCGGUAGGUUCCCCAAUAUUGUUGAAGUUUUGUUCCCUAGAAUCGAAGAAAGCUCAUACAAGUGCUACUUGUCAACUGGGGAGUUGUAUGAAAAGGAGGAUCUAUUGGAAAGGAAAUUUGAAAAGAAAUUUCAACAACAAGAAGAAGAAACUGACAAGACAUACAGGGGCGACGACGACGACGCAGAGGAAGGAGAAGCCGACAUUGCAUUUGAGUUGGAAGCUAAUCCAAAUUCGUCAAGACAAAAUGGCAUUGAGUUAGAUCAGUUGGAUGAAUUGGAAGCCCAAUUAAAUUCAGAGCAUAGACCAAGAUCAAAAAACUUGGAACGUGGUAAAGCACACAAGAGGAAAUCGAAAUCGAAAAACAGCGCAGCCAAGGUUCGUGACACUCCACGUGCCCAACGGAGAGGAAUACCAGCUGGUCUUCUUGAAGAAUCACAACCCACUCGAUCAGCAGAGUUUGUUCAUGAUUCAGACGAUGAUUCCGACGAUGAGAGACAUCAAGAGUUUUUUGCUCGAGAGGAACGAUUGAGGAAGUUGUUGAAUGAGAUUGGAAGUAUCACCAAUAAUGAAAAGUUGGAGGAGUUUAAGAAAGUAUGGCUGGUUUACUCAAAGAAUGGUGAUAAGUCAGUCUCUGACGUAGUUAACAGCGCGGUUGAGAAAGUAUCGCUAUUUGUUCAAGAUGACGAUGACGAUGUGGAGGAGGAGGAGGAUGAGGAUAAUGCCGGCAGUGACAAGUCUUCACAAACAAGUAUUUUAGGAAAGAACAAUGGAGAGAAUGGCAUCUCACAUGAAAGCGAAGCCGAAUCUUAUAGCCAGAGUGCGCAAGAGCUGGAACACACUUCAGAUACUUCGGAUGUGGAAUCAGACACUAUCAAACGUGCAAGGGUUGAUGAUGACCACAACGACGAACAAGCUCAACCAAUUCCAGCAAGAAAGAAGCGGCUUGUCAUCAGUGACGACGAAGAUUACUGA